AAUUCGUUUUUCCUGUUGAAGACUCCUGACCAAUCAGAGCGGUCCGUGAGUGAGGGGUGUGAUGUGAUUGGCUGUCUCAGAAGCCCGAAGCGCUCAGAGCCGCACUGUUCGCCGGAGUGAAGCGAGCUUUCCUGCGGACACCGGAGGCGUCUCUCCCCGCCCGUGCAUUCAGGUAAACCGCAUUCAUAAGAGCUCGUGAACUUACACAGUUCAGUGUCUUGUUGAUUUGUUGUUGUGAGCGAAUGUUAUCAGAGCUGUGUAUGAGUGUGUGCCGGUGUUUGUGCAGCGCGCCUGAUGCCCCUGAGGCUGAUGCAAUAACUGCUCAGAUGAAUGAACGCGUUUAACGCCUCGCUGCCGCUCUGAGACUCUAGGUUCCGCGGCUGCAUACUAACCAGCGCUCAGCAUGACGACCGCGGCGCACACACAGGAGCUCUUCCGGCGCGCGGACGCCGUCUGCUUCGACGUCGACAGCACCGUGAUCCGCGAGGAGGGCAUCGACGAGCUCGCCAAGUUCUGCGGCGUCGGGGACGCGGUUACGGAGAUGACCCGGAAGGCCAUGGGCGGCUCUGUCUCAUUCCAGACAGCCCUGAGUGAGCGUCUGUCCAUCAUCAAGUGCUCGAGGGAGCAGGUCAACAAGCUGAUCACUGACCACCCGCCUCAGCUGACCCCAGGGGUCAAGGAGCUGGUGGAGAAGCUUCAUCAGUGCGGCGUCCAGGUGUUCCUCGUCUCCGGAGGCUUCCGCUGCAUCGUGGAGCACGUGGCCUCGCAGCUCAGCAUCCCUCUCCAUCACGUCUACGCUAACCGCCUCAAGUUCUUCUUCAACGGGGAGUACGCCGGCUUCGACGAGUCCCAGCCCACAGCGCAGUCCGGAGGGAAAGGUCGGGUCAUCCACAUGCUGAAGGAGGAGUACGGCUUCAGAAACGUGGUGAUGAUUGGAGACGGAGCCACGGACCUGGAGGCCUGUCCUCCUGCGAGUGCUUUCAUAGGGUUCGGGGGGAACGUGGUGCGUCAGCAGGUGAAGGAGAAGGCCUCGUGGUACGUCACCAGCUUCGGAGAGCUGCUCAAGGAGCUGGAGAAGAUCUAGAGAUCACGGCAUACUCUACAAUCAUGCACUAGCUCUGUGCCUUUCCUAGUUUUACCUAACGCACAAUUUUUACUGAUCAUAUGUUUUUAGAGUUUAUUGAAACGAUUGUUUAUAUAGAAGAUGAUGCACACCAGCCGAGGUCAGGUGUACUGUACAGUUAGUGUUUUAA